AUGGCCUCCAAUUCAUCCACCGACUUUGGUGGAAGCACCUUCGAUCCAGAGAACGUCAACCUGACCUCUGCUGACCCUCGAGAUGUCAUCUGCGCCCUGGCCGAGUCCGGGAAUGACUACAACGGUCAACUGGGCGCCAGAAUCUCAGCCCUGUUUGUGAUUCUCGUCGUCUCAUCGGCCGCGACAUUCUUCCCCGUCAUCGCAAAAAGGAUGCCCCGUCUUCACAUUCCGCUCUAUGUUUACCUGUUUGCGCGGUAUUUCGGUGCCGGAGUCAUUGUCGCCACGGCAUUCAUCCAUCUCCUCGAUCCAGCGUAUGGCGAGAUUGGUCCUCAAACUUGCGUGGGCAUGACAGGUGGUUGGGCCGAUUAUUCAUGGUGCCCGGCCAUUGUGCUCACGUCGGUGGUCGUGAUCUUCCUCUUCGAUUUUGGAGCCGAACGAUAUGUCGAGGUCAAGUACGGAAUCGACAGUGAAGCAGACCUGCAGGAAGCGGUAACCGGGUACACGGACAGGACACCGAGCGAGGCUCAACGCGAGCGGGCGGAGAGCAUGGCGUCGAUGCGGCGCGAACACGAAGAGCGGCGGAAGUCGUCGGCGUAUGAGAAGCGAUUCGUCGAGGAUUUCGCUGUGGACCAGGAGGAUAGCGAAGCACGGCAGAACUCGUUCCGGCAACAGAUUGCGGCUUUCCUGAUCCUGGAAUUUGGCGUCAUCUUCCACUCGGUCGUCAUCGGUCUGAACCUGGGCGUUGUGGGCGACGAAUUCAGCACGCUCUACCCGGUCCUGGUCUUCCACCAGUCCUUCGAAGGGCUCGGUAUCGGCGCGAGAAUGUCGGCCAUCCCAUUCAAGUCCAACAGCUGGCUGCCGUGGAUUCUCUGUGCGGCCUACGGGCUGACGACACCCCUUGCCAUUGCCAUCGGUCUCGGCGUGCGCACGACGUACAACCCCAACUCGUUCACGGCCAACGUAGUCAGCGGGGUCUUGGAUGCCAUGUCGGCCGGCAUUCUCAUCUAUACUGGGUUGGUCGAGUUGCUGGCGAGGGAUUUCCUGUUCAACCCGCUGCGGACAAAAGACAACAAGAGACUGGCGUUCAUGAUCGUGUGCGUGUUGCUUGGUGCGGGUCUAAUGGCAUUGCUUGGGAAAUGGGCUUGA